AUGGUCGAUGACCGACAGGCCGCCGCUCCGCGCGACCGUGCGCCUGGUGGCCUCUUGACAUCCGAGGGUCUUCUCAUCUUUUUCCCUGCAGCACCAGCCACAAAUCGGCACCAAUUCCUGUCUCGAUCUCUAAAUCGCCCUGCCAACAUCAUGACGCCUAUAAGUUUUGCUUCUUCUGCUGAACCCAGACAUCAUCCGGAUUGCUGCAUGGCCAUUUCGCAGCCUCUGCUCCACAAUUUGGCCAAUAUCCUGCCUCGUGGCCCAGCCAUCUCUGUGCUUAGCAUCGGUAGCGGUACCGGCCUCCUCGAAAGUUUGCUUCUCCAAAUGCUCGAGGACUCUUACGACAUAUGCGGUGUAGAAGUGUCUCCUGCUGUCAACAAGUAUCUGCCUGAACAGAAUAUGUUCUUUGUGGGCGGUACCUGGGACCUCUGUCCACAAGCAGGUAAAUCUCAUGUUUGGAUCUUUACGUACCCUCGCGAACCCAAGUUGAUCGUAAAAUAUCUCGAACUACAUGAUCAUGCCAGCCUUUCCAAGAUCAUCUGGCUCGGACCCAAAAUGGACUGGCAGGACUACGAAGGCGUAUUUGCUUCAUCAAGAUUUAGUCUUACUGUGCUAGAAGAUUGCGGAGCAGCAACCUACGAAAUGGUCGUUGUGGCGGAACCUCAAGUGAACGGGCCGUAG